UUUGUUUGCAGUUCGCCAAGGGUCGGCCGUAGUGUCUUCCACAGAGGGCGAAAUAUAACUACGAACACUUUUAUGCAGAUCAGCUGGUUUAUUUCAAGCUCACGAUGUGGUUUUUCAUCUUCGGUUGGUUUUUCACCGCAUUUGUUGUUCUUGGAAAUGUCCUGGUAAUUUAUUUGAUCAUCACAAGACCUCGACUACAUGUUAAAACGAACUGGUUCAUUCUUUCUCUUGCACUGGCCGAUUUCUGUUUCGGGUUAAGCUAUUUUCCCAUGAUUUUUACUUCGUAUUUCAACGCUCAAAUAUCCACCGAUCAUUCAGGGCUGUGGUUCAAAAUCAGCCAUACAUUUCUCUAUUCUUCGUGUGUGAAUUUGUGCGUGCUGAUAACGGAUAAGUAUAUUACAGUUAUGAAGCCGUUGAGAUACGAUUCCUACGUGACACGAAAGCGACUCUUGUCUGCGCUCGCCUUAGCAUGGAUUACACCAUUUCUCCUGUUCACAGUACCCUCAUUUUUCACAUAUUCAGGAAGAAACGACUUAUUCACGUUUGCUUUUGAAACAUUUAGAGUACUUAUUUUUCAGCUUGUGCCAAGUGUCGCGUUUGUUUUGAUAACAGGACAUCUCUUCCUGAUAGCGAGAAGCAUUUCGCAAAAAGAGACACUUCUACUCGCCCAACUCAAGUUUAACUUUUGUGAACAUCCGAAAAAACGAGUUAAGAAAAUCAAAGAAAGGAAAGCUUCUAUGAAGAUGAUUUUCUUAAUCAUUUUAUUCUUCGUUCUUUGUCACAUUGGAGGGAACUAUCGUUGUUUCUGUUUCACAUUCAAAAUGUGUGUCGCUUCAGAGACUUUAAAAAAAGUUAUUCACAUCUGUUUUAUUAUCAAUUCGGCUGUCAAUCCUUUAGUAUACGCUUUUUUGAAAAAAGAUAUGAAACGGGAACUGAAAAAUGUGGCCAUUGAACAAAAGCUGUCAUUGGUUAGAGCCUUUAAGCGGAAUUCAUCAGAACCGGCAAUUGAGCUUCGCUAGCUUAUACUGAUAUCCGAAUGGAGGCAAAUCUUUUGCACAAUUUUUACUCAUGUACUUUGUGACAACCCUGUCUCCAGCGGAUGGUAGAUGAAAGCGCAAUUUUUUCCUUUCUUACCAAACAUUUAACUGGGAAAAAUUGCCUUUGCACAUUUGAGAUCUCGUCGAGUUUUCCCAUACUUUGCAGUCUGACUGGCAGCGCGUUUGAGGAAGUUCACUGAAUCUCAGUGAUGUGCUGGUACUACAUCUACGCUACAGCCUUUUGGAUAAAAACUUGCC